GGUACUAGAGCAGACAAAAGUUGGUUAGUUUUUCCCCUUACCACUUCAGCAGGCAUCACACACGUGGGGGCAUUUUGUAGUGUUUAAUUAAAUUCAAGCAAGUUUGCCCUACGGUAUUCGGGAGCUCGAAAACUGCACCGACGCCUUUGAAGGAGCUGCUGACUGCGAGUUCACCAGCUGAAGCCAGAAAAGUUAUUGUUGGGCAGCCCGUGGGGUUUAAAGUUCAGCUAACCGUAGCGGCGCUGGCUACCCUCUGGCUACUAGCAGGUAGUUAGCUCCAUAUCUUUAGUGAUUACGUUAGUUUGGUCACAAUGUCAGCUGUGUUCCAGACACGACGUGCUUUGGUGGAAAUACCCGCCCCACAGCCCAAAAUUGCAGCUCGAAUGAGGAGGUCCUACCUAGAAAUACUAAGUGCUCGUUUGGCUCCAUCUCCACUUCCAAGGGGGAAGAACACAAAGCGCGUGCAGUCACUGGACUUGUCCAUUGGUGGACUGUGGAGUGGGGGCAUAGAGGAGCACUGUGAGAAGAUGGAUGAGCACCAUACUCCCCUCUCCAAACCGCAGCUUGUGCAGCUAAUCAGAUCUCUCAUCUUAGUUGAACAGAGCCAAGAGCCCAGAAUCCUAGCAUCAGACCUGAAGUAUCUCCAGGAAGACCUGCAACAAAAGAAAGCAAAUGUUUACAGGUCCAUACCCUACUCACGGCUUGGCUCUAACAGAGACGCCCACUGCUACAGAAAGGCAUAUCCUCACCUUGUGGCGUUCAAAGUUUCAUGUCAGGAGUGGGGCCAAGUUCUUCUGAGGAACAAAGAGUGGGACGCUGUGUUGGAGCACACAAUGAUGGCGUGGCGGUACACCAGCGAGCUGCCGCAGUGGGAUACAGCGAACCAUAACAUUCUCCGAGAACAGUGUUACAGCAUCCUGGCAUCUCACAGCCUCACUGCUCUCCAGCACUACCACCCUGAAACUAGCAGAGGACACGAGCUGCUCAGAAGGUUGAAGACGGCACAGUUGUACAGCCAGUCAAUUGUGCCCUGUAUUCAAGAGUUGCAGAGGAUUAUGGGAUGUGCUGAUGACUCCUCCAUGGACACACAAUAACACAGACACUACCUAACCAGCCAGCUACACCGCAGUGAAAAACUAUGCUGCUUAGGUUUAUCUAAAUGACUUGUGUGGCAUGUGUUGUGCUGAGACACUAGUGUUCUUCCAAAGGGCAAGGUAGCAACUGAAAAUGUGCCAGAUAAUGCAGGUUUCAAAAGGUUAAAGAAACCCACCUUCUAAAUGGCUGAAAAUGCAACAAACCCUCUUAUUUAAAUGAUAUGCCAUUUUUACAUCAAAUGGCAAGUAUUAUUACAAGGAGUUUAACAUUUGUUGCAUGGCACACCUCAUAAUGUGUUCAUAAUUUAACAUUUUUCUUAUUCUCAUUUUACCUGACAGCAUAUUACAAAAAACAGGUUUCUGAGAAAUGUUGCAUUAGGUUGGUGCUGGCAGUGAUAAAUUUAAUGUUUGUAUAUUUUUAGAACUUUGUGUACAAUAACUUUCAUCGACCACUGAAACGUUAAAAGUAUGAAAUUGCCUUUCUUGUUUAUAAGGGCAGGUUUGUUUGUCUGUAUGUCCUUGUUUUCGUUCACAAUACUUGAAACUGUGGCCUUUGCUGUCUUUAACUGUAGAUAUGUUUUAUAUGUGUGUCUUGUUUGUAGAAAAUCGUUUGUCACUGAUUGCACUGUUUGUCCUGAAAACUUGAAAAUAUUUUGAUAAAAUAGACCCUUGAUUUCAAUAAAGUUACUUCGUAUUUGUGAGAU